UCUGUGACAGUAUGAUACCCCUCCAUGGAUAUUCUUCACAGUCAUUUCCAAAGCACAUAAUUGAAGUGAACGUGACACAGUUUAGACCAGGAGAUCAUGUGAAAGUGAGCUUGUCAGGGCCUGCAUUUGAAGGUUUCUUUCUACAAGCCCGUAGUGCCAAGAACUUGAGGGGCCCUGCCAUUGGGUCUUUUGUGCUAAGUGACAAAAUGAAAUCUCAGCUCCUCACCUGUGGACAUGUAAAGAAUUCAGCUGUCAGUCAUACAAGCAAGUCUAAGAAAACCCAUAUAGAUGCCUACUGGAUUGCUCCUAGAGAGGCACCAGAAACAGUACGGUUCCUUGUCACAGUGGUAGAAAAAUAUAAAACUUUCUGGGUAAAAAUUCCUGGACCUGUGAUUUCCCAGCUUAAUAUACCAGUUUGGACAACAACAACAUUUAUUCCAACAUCUCAACCAAUUCCCCAUUUAACCCAACCAUUUAAUGCUUCAGACUGUGGCAACACCAAGUUCUGUGUGAGAAACCCUUCUGACUGUGAUCCUAAAACUAAAGAUUGCUUCUUCCUGUCCUUCAAGCAAGACCAUAGUGUGAUGCUGGUUGAAAUGAGUGGUCCAAGUGAAGGCUAUAUUGCAUUUGCAUUGUCUCAUGACCUAUGGAUGGGUGGUGGUGAUGAUGCAUAUCUCUGCAUUAGUGAUGACCAUCAGGUUGGCAUAAGUACAGCCACUCUGACUGGGCGCAGUUAUCCAACUUUUGACUCUCAGAAUGCCCUUGAAGAAAUGUCAUGGAGGCUGGCUGAUGGUCUUAUUCAGUGUUCUUUCCAAAGGAAAAUUCAUCUUUCUGCUUUGCAAGGAAGGUUUAAUUUGGAUGCAGACUACUACAUAUUUCUGGCAGAUGGUGAAGUUAGUGAAGAUGGUACCAUCCUUAAACACCACAGACAGCCUCUGAUCACCAACAGGAGAUACAAUGUGACAGGCCCACCAGAAGAUAUCGGGGGAUCCCGCUCUCCACUCAUCAUCAAGGCACAUGGUGCACUGAUGUUUGUUGCAUGGAUGACCACAGUUAACAUUGGUGUCAUUGUUGCCCGAUUCUUCAAGCCAGUUUGGUCUCAUUCAUUGUGGUUUGGAGAAGAGAUCUGGUUUCAGGUUCAUCGUAUGCUAAUGAUGACAACCGUAUUACUCACAAGUAUAUCUUUUGUUCUUCCCUUUAUAUACCGUGGAGGUUGGAGUCAACGAGCCAGCUUCCAUCCCUACCUUGGUUGUACAGUGAUGGCUUUGGCACUCAUCCAGCCCCUUAUGGCGGCAUUCAGACCACCUCCGCAAGCACCAAGAAGGCAAAUUUUUAACUGGCUACACUGGAGCACUGGUACAACGGCUAGAAUAUUAGCUGUGGUAACAAUGUUCCUGGGGAUGGAUUUGCCAGCUCUCAAUCUUCCAGAUCCCUGGGACAUCUAUACCAUGAUUGGAUUUGUAGCUUGGCAUGUUGGCAUUGAUGUUCUUCUGGAGAUACAUGGCUAUUGUCUCAUCCGCAAAGAUGAAGUAUUAGAAGAUGACAGGGUACAAAUUUUGCAGUCUCUUACCUCAGUAGAGGCACAGGGCCGCACAUUUAAAAAGACGGUGUUAAUUAUCUACAUUUGUGGCAAUAUAGCAUUUCUCUUUACCUUCCUGACACGAGUUGGACGAGUAUGACAACAAA